UUUGAUUAAAAAAAGAUGAUCGAAAUUCAGGAGAGGGAUCAGAUGACAAAAGAAGGAGAGUGCUCAAAUUGUCGUAACAGGCUGAGUGAUACACUCUUCUCGCAAUAAAGCGAGAUUAAACCACUCCUCGUUUCCCCUUUAACUUGCCUGAAGGAUCAUAUUUUCCACUAAUCCACCUCUAACCCCUUUUUAUAGCCAACUAAUCAUAUCCCUCACUUCCCAACUAACCGAUGUGGGACAAAUAAAGUUUCAAAUUUCUCUUUCCUUCAGUUUCUUAAAACCCCUAAAUUAGGUAAUUGACGGGACAAUUUUUUUUUCAAAUCAUGACUGCUACGGCAACGACGAUUUCUCAGCAUGAUUUCUAUGGCGAUGAAGAAGAUUCAGAAACUUCAAUUUCUCUAUCUGUAAUCGAGAAUAUGAAGGAAGAGUAUGGCUUGUUUGUGUGGCCUUGUAGCGUCAUUCUCGCUGAGUAUGUUUGGCAACACAGAUCUCGAUUUCGUGAUUCUUCAGUUCUCGAGCUAGGAGCUGGUACUUCCUUGCCUGGUUUAGUAGCUGCAAAGGUUGGGGCUAAUGUCACUCUUACUGAUGAUGCAUCUAAACCUGAGGUUUUGGAAAAUAUGAGAAGAGUCUGUGAGCUUAACAAGCUCAACUGUAAUGUGAUGGGUCUCACCUGGGGAGUGUGGGAUGCACCGAUACUCGACCUGCGACCUAACGUUAUACUUGGGGCUGAUGUAUUAUAUGAUUCAAGUGCAUUUGAUGAUCUCUUUGCCACUGUCUCAUUUCUGCUCCAAAGUUCGCCAGAUGCAGUUUUUAUUACCACAUAUCAUAACAGAAGUGGGCAUCAUCUAAUCGAGUUCCUGAUGGUAAAAUGGGGCCUAAAGUGUCUAAAACUUCUGGAUGGCUUCUCGUUCUUGCCAUCUCACCAGGCAUCUGUACUUAGCGGAAACAUUCAGUUGGUUGAGAUUGUGUUGAGUUCCAAAACUCAGCAGCUUCAGACGAUAACAACCAUCUAAGUGGAUUAUAGCCAGAGAUCAUAAAGAUCACCAUUGAUCUUGAUGUAUAAAACUGAACAAAGGGUUGUUGGACAAAGACAUUAGCACCGAGAGAAGACCUGAAACCGUGGCGUGCAAGCAAGAACUGAGCCUUGCGUUCCUUGAGAGUGCGCAUCUAUGAACGAUACAGAAUCGAGAUAUGCAUCAUUCAACAAUUGUAACCCGAAACGACAUUGUUGGAAGAUCGGACAUCAUUAUCUUCGCUGUUUCAAGUUUCAAACAAUGAUCGUAGUAGUACAGCCAAAGCCUAUAGACUUCGAGUCUUUGACAAAGCUCCUUUUUUUUCUUUUUCGUUAGUGGUUGCUGAUUUCUUCCGGAGAGGCAAUCGAUAGUGUGUGUUAUUGAAAAUAAAGAAACCCUAAGUCAUAAUGGAAAAUCUCCAAUCCAAA